GCCAGUCCCAAAGGAGGCUACAGGAGAGAAGGAAGAUGAGAGGGAUCAAAUCCUAGAGUCGAAUCCGGUAAUUGGCCUGGACAUGCGAUUCCUUUGCGGUGUGCACAAAUCUUUAUAUAAAGCCGGUGUUUUGUCCUUCAACAUUCAAUUUCCAGUCACUCUAAACACAAAAGAUUCAGAUUUUUUCAUUUAAUUGGAGUUGCUUAUCUUGUGAUACCCUUUGUAUUUUCUACAUACAACAGCAUCUUAAUAUCUUCGUCAUGCGUUUCUUCCAGAUCGCCUCGAUCGUUGCCUAUGCGGCCUCUUCCUUUGCUCUUACCAUCACUUCCCCCCAGAGCGGAGACAAGCUUGACUUCAGCAAGCCUUACACCAUCAAAUGGACAACAGUCGGCUCCGACCCGGAAACGUUCAAGAUAAACUUGUUGAACCAAACUGCCGCCAACACCAAGAAAGAGAUCGCCAAGUCCGUUAGAUCAGCGGAUGGCAAAUACACCAUUGAGAAGCUCUGGGACAUCGAGCCAGCCAACGGAUACCAAUUCAACUUCGAGUCCGACUCCAAGGAAAACACCGGCAUCUUGGCUCAGUCGCAGGUCUUCAAUGUGACCAAAGUCGCUGAUCCGCCCAAACCAAGUAAGCAAGAUUUCAGUAGUACUAUCACCAAACCACCACCAUCAUGCACCAGCACCAGCACCAGAAUCAGAAUAAGAACAACUUCCCGCCCCUGCAUCAUCCACAACACUUUCAGCACCUCUUCACCUUCAUUUUCAUCAGCACCUCGUGCGCCAUGGUCUCCAUCAUCUAGCACCGUUACCCCCUCCAGAUCCGUGAACAAUACCCAUACUUCGGCCACGAACACUGCGACUCACUCCGCCGCUGCUCCGACCGACUCGACCGCCGGCUCCGCGUCACUCACCAUCCCCGCCGCCGCCGGUUCGCUGAUGCUCAGCCUGUUUGCCCUGGCGCUGUAAUUGCGGUCUCGGAUUUGAUGUGGAAAAUGGAAGUGUAUAAAGGUGGUAUUGACUCUAUGAGGUGGUAUUUUCUUUUUCUUUUCCUGUCUAUCUUUUCAUCAUGCGCUAGCUGCUCGGUUCAUGAGGUACCAAGUUUUAUGUGUGUAUGCAAGUUAAUAACGAACUUUAUUCAUCAUCCUAUCUGCUUGAUUUCCUCUACUUAGUAGAGCAAGAGGACAUGUGUCAUACGUGGUGCUGAUGGCAGAGUCAAUAAGUAUGCAAGUGGCCUACACUAUCUACCUAAGU